CGGUUAUUCACUUUGCAUUCGAAACUGGAGUAUUGUAACCGUGGCUUUGUAUCGAAGCGAUUGCCAGCAGCACCGCCUACCAACAUCUAUAAUAAUAUUACCUCUUCAGAUAUGGUGACAAAAGUCCAAGAUCAUUUUUCGGGCGUUUCUUUGGUAUCGUYUGGAUGUUGCUUGGUACAGUCCUACUCUCAAUGGUGUCUGGACAGAUCACUGCAUAUCUAACCUCAUUCCAAGUCGCUGAAACAUUCUCAAUACAAGGCAAAGAUGUUGCAGUUCCACUUGGAAUGCAAAAUUUCCUUGAAAAAGAGCUAAACCUUGGAGCAAAAUACAAAGAAUAUGCGACGAAGGACAUAAUGCUGGCCGUCCAAUACCACAACAAUUCACGUAUUGAUGGUCGGAACUACGCAGUAUUUCAUGAUUAUGAAAAACUUCAAACCUGGGUUCUAGAGAGGAACCUCUCGGUGACUUUUAAAGUGAAAAUGACGAUCAGUCAUCGCUUGUAUCUUGGUGUGGUCAUAACGCACAUUCCUGAAACAGCAAAGGGKUUUUUUGAGUGCUUGAAGACGGUCGUUUCGGAUAAGAUUGCAAUUAAAAAGCUUGUGGAACGGGCGAGGUUUCGUAAUGAACUCAAUCAGGUGUCAACUGCAAGUCAAACUAGCACAAACCUGGAAACAACAAGCUUGCAGUAUCUUGGUAUAGCCGUUGGAAUAAUCAUAGCAAUUGGAUUAAUGUGGGAACUUUUCUGGCGGCUUAAAAACAAAAAGUCUUCAGCAGUUCCUCAUCCAGACUAAGAUUUUUAAGUAAUUGAAAUGCCUUUGGUCUUUUAAUGGACGCUUAAAGUGGUUUGUAUGUCUGGGUCCAAUAUUUUUGAUGGGUGGUCACCACUACGUCUGAGCCCUGCAUUUUGGACAUUAUCACUCUAGCAUGAUAGAGUCUAUUACUUAUGCACAUUUACACAUUCUAGACUCGUACCCAGUCGUUUCUCUUGCUCGUUUUACGGAUCGCGGUGCAUCAAGAGAAGUCCGAACUACCUUGAUCCUUUGCGCACGACUGAGAAUAAAGGAGAGUAACGACUGGGUACGAGUCUGUACACAUGCAUUCAACAAUUAAAACACAAGGUCCAGUGAAAUAUCUACACAAAUAUCUAAUAGUUGAUAGUCCAUGAGGCUGUACUAGUCCAAAUGUUUUAGUAUCCACCAAACGUUAGGGCAAGUUUGAAUAGAAAAACGUGAAGAACAAUUAUUUAUUUUUGUUGGCAUAUUUUCGACUGUUUUUGCUCCAUUCGAUGCGACCAUGGUAUAACAUAAAUAUAUACCAUUGUUUGGGAGCCAAUCAGAAUGCUAGUUUGGUGAAUACUUAAUGAAUAUAUCUCUCUUAACUGAUAAAAAAAACAAUAUUA